GAUGGAUUAUACUGUAGGAAGUAUAGCUGCUUUAAUAACGGGCAACGACACUGGUGAUAAAAUUAAAGUCAAGAAAAUUUCAGUCAAACUAAACGAAAAGAAACAAGGUAAGGGUAAAAAGUUGGAUAUCAAACAAGUAAACGAGGGAGACGCUAAUCAAAAGAAAAAAUGCUUAUCAACCAGUAAAAAUAAUAUAAAUGAACACGAUGAUGAAGUGAGUAGCUCGGAACCUAUUUUGAAAAAAAAGAGGAACAAAAAACGCAAAGAAAAAAAUGGUAUGAGUGAUUGUCAACAAGGAGAGAAUGUAGAGAAUAUUUCAUCAAUCAUUUCCAAUAUAAAAAAAAAUAAAAAACGAAAAGUAUCAAAUGAUGGCACAGUUGAAGAACAAUUUAAUGAAGAGGAUACUACAGAACCAAGUCCAAAAAAAAAUAGGGCAAAGAAAACAAAAUUAUCAACUAGCAGCCAUUUAAUUGGAUCAGAUAAUGGUGAAGAAGAAGAACAAGUAAAUGGAAAAGGUAGUUUAGAACGUAAUCUGAAAAUAAAGAAGGUAAAGAAAGAUAAAUUAUCAACAAACAGUGUAGCAAAUAGUAUAGUUGAUAGUGAUGCAGAACAAGAAAAUGGAGAUCAAAUUGUAGACGAUGGGAAACAGGUUGAAAAAAAAGUUAAAAUAACCCCAGAUCCAGAAGAAUUGCUGAGAACAGUAUAUGUAGGAAAUGUUCCUAUAGAUUGUAAAAAGAAAAAUAUCAAAAGUGUUUUUAAAAAAUAUGGACCAAUCGAGACAUUAAGGUUUAGAGGUAUACCCGUUGCUGAUCCAAAAAUACCAAAAAAAGUGGCUGCCAUCAAAAAAGAAUUUCAUCCCGAUAGAAAGAGUAUCUUUUGUUUUAUAAGAUUUGUUAAACAAGAAGAUGCUCAAAAUGCAGUUCAAGAAAAUGGUAAUGUUUUCAAAGAACACCAUUUGUGUGUUCGUUGGUGUGGCUCUACUACAAAAAAUGAUGAGUGCAAGGCAAUAUUUGUUGGAAAUUUGAAUUUCCGAGCUGAAGAAGAGCAGUUAUGGAAAUUAUUUGAACCUUGUGGUUUGAUAGAAUCUGUUAGAAUUGUCAGAGACUCAUGUACCGGUAUGGGAAAAGGAUUUGGCUAUGUCAAUUUCAAAGAUGCCGACGCCGUACAAUUAGCUCUCGAAAUGGAAAAUGUGAAACUUGGUGAUCGGGAAUUGCGAAUUAAACUGUCGAGUGUAAAUACCGCAAAGAAAAAUAAAAAGAAAGAGAAUCAGUCUAAUGCCACAAGGCGUAUGGAUAUGCGAAAAAAGAAAAGUGGUGAUGAUGCGGGCAGAAAUUUUCAAGGUAUUAGAUUAAAUAAUAAAAAUAAGAAAUUUAAAGUGAAUAAAGGAGAUUUAAAGAAGAAACUAAAGGUGAAGAAAAUUGCUCCAAAUUCUAAAUGAUUUUGGUAUUAAAAGGUAUAUUUCUUAUUGACGUGUUUUAUUUGUUAAUAAAUCGUUUUUUUUAAUAUAUGAUAAUACUAUA